UCUGCGGCGGCCGCACCGCACCGCGCCGAGCCGAGCCGAGCCGAGCCGAACCGAGUCCAGCCGAACCGAGCCGAGCCGAGUCCAGCCGAGCCGGGUCUAACCGAGCCGAGCCCAUCCGAUCCGGGCCCCGCCGAGCCCAGCCCCGUCGCCCCGGGCGGACCGGAGCCGCCGCGCCGGGAGCACCCCGGGCCCGGGCCAUGCGCUGAGGCCGCCGCGCAGCCCGCAGCCAAGGGCGGAUCCCGGGCAGGACACGCUGCAGCAGCUUCUCCGGGGCAAGAUGCCGGAGCAGAGCAACGACUACCGGGUGGUUGUGUUCGGGGCUGGCGGUGUGGGCAAGAGCUCGCUGGUGCUGCGCUUCGUGAAAGGGACCUUCCGGGACACCUACAUCCCCACCAUCGAGGACACCUACCGCCAGGUCAUCAGCUGUGACAAGAGCGUCUGCACCCUGCAGAUCACCGACACCACGGGCAGCCACCAGUUCCCGGCCAUGCAGCGCCUCUCCAUCUCCAAGGGCCAUGCCUUCAUCCUGGUCUUCUCCGUCACCAGCAAGCAGUCCCUGGAGGAGCUGAAGCCCAUCUACCAGCAGAUCGUGCAGAUCAAGGGCAGCGUGGAGAGCAUCCCCAUCAUGCUGGUGGGCAACAAAUGCGACGAGACGCAGCGGGAGGUGGAGAGCAGGGAGGGGGAGGCCAUGGCCAAGGAGUGGAAAUGCGCCUUCAUGGAGACCUCGGCCAAGAUGAACUACAACGUCAAGGAGCUCUUCCAGGAGCUGCUGAACCUGGAGAAGAGGAGGAAUGUGAGCCUCACCAUCGACGGGAAGCGCUCCAGCAAGCAGAAGAGGACAGACAAAAUCAAGGGGAAGUGCAGCAUCAUGUAGAGCCCCGGACUGGCCCGCACCCCCACUCCGGUCCCCCCCUCUCCCCUCCCACGGCUGCGACAGCGGGGCCGUCUCCUCGUCCUCCGUGCCAUCACUGUGACUGUGCGGGGACGUUGCGGCGCGCCGGCUGCGCUCGCCCCAGGUCUGGGGGCGAAGACGGGGGCGUCCCGCCAAGCCGAGGGAUGCUCAACAGGUCUGGGGGCAUGCGGCCGGGCACUGCCAGGGAGCACACGGACACCCCCCCUCUCCCCCCCCACACACACUCUGCAGCACAACCAGCGGCACCGGCCGGUCCCCAUCCUCGUCCCCUCCCCAGUGAGGGAGGCCACCGUCGGUCCUCGCGGGUGGGAAGGACGGUACAAGGCGGGGGUGUCGGUGUCACCCUUGGGGACAGUCACAAGCGCCCCAGGCCCUCCCCGUGCCCCCGGCCCCACGCCAUAGUGCUCUGCUCCUGCAGGCAGAGACCCCGGGGCGGGAGCAGCCCCCCGCAUGGUGCCCGCUGCCCCCCCAGCCCUGUCCUGCCACCGCUGUCCCCGCCGUCUCCAGUCCCGUCCCGGUGCCGCAACCCGGAGCCACCAGCCCAAGCACAAAGCAUCGGGUCCGAGCAAGGUCCUGACCCAGCACAAUCCUGGUGAGCUCCAGUGGGAGACCCCUGGCCCCGCGGCCACCUGGGCCCUCCCAAACACCCUCCCCACCCACCCCCCCCCCCCGCCGCUGUCCCCUUCCCGCACAGGAUGAGCCCCGCAGCCCGGCUUGGCCACGAUGCCACGGUGAUGGGCACUGCUGCUCCCUGCUGCAGUGCCCCACCGGUGGUCAGCGUCCCCCCCCCCCCCGCCUUAAUCCCACAGAGUCCCUUCUGCGGGGUGCCCUGGGCCCCCACACCCCGGAGAUCCCCCCAUGCUCCCCCCCUCCCAGCUCUGGUGCAGCCCUGCUUGUUCCCCCACGGCCGGAGCGGGGCCCCCGCGCUGUCACCAGCCCCUCAUCCCAGCGGGGUUUGUCCCCUCGCUCCGGCCCCGCUCACCCUCCGCCGCGUCCCCAAGGGGGUGUCCCCGAGGGGGUGUCCCCGGGCAGGCUGGGCCCCCGCGCUGCGCCCAGCUCCCUGCACCCCCCGGCUUUUUACAACAUGACCCAAGCGCCCAGGGGACAAGGUGACAUUACGAUGUAGCCUUUAUUCUAGAAAUAGUCUUCCUUCAAUAAAGAGAUGAGAAAUGC